AGGAAAAGAGAGAAGGGUGAGGUUAUUAAACUAACAAAGCCCGAACCCUUUGAUAGAGAUCCACGCAAGAUAGACAAGUUCUUUUCAGAACUUUCAACCUAUUUCGGAUACUUUCCUCAUACCCUAAGGGACGACGAAGAUAGAGUUAUCUUCGCAGGCAGCCGCCUUACAGAAGACGCUGAAACAUGGUUCCGACCUAUUAUGCAGAAUUACGAAGAAGGAAAGAUUGACUUAAAGAAGCUUAAAACGUAA